AUGCCAAAUAUGAAUAUGAUCAACCGAAAAUCGCCUGUUAAACAACAGCGUAUUAAGCAUUCACAUUCAAUACCUGUGGCCAAUUCAAAUACUGGCCGUAUGAGAUCUACUAGUAGUAUGGCAUCUUCUUACCCGAGAAUGUACAAUAAUAAUAAUCAUUAUCAUAAUUAUCAUUAUUAUUCCAAUACAACUUCUCCAACUGCUAUGUCAGCUAGUUCAUUACCUGCUGUACCCUUGUUUUAUUCGAAUACAUAUGCUGAUCCACCUGAAUGCUCAUCGUUACCGAAACCGCCUGAAUCAUGGUAUUUACCAUCAUCCAAUGUUGAUAAUUUACCGGUUAAAAACGAAGAUAAAGUAGUAGAAGAAGAAAUAAAAGAAAAAGUCAUUGAAAAAGAUAUUUCAACACCUACCAAACCGAAAUCUGUUCUCAGUUCAAAUCAGCAAACGAAACAAAAUUUUCCGCGUCAAUGUUAUUAUAAUAAUAACAAUCAAGGUUUUUAUAGUCCAUAUUAUUCGUCUAGAGCAACAUCAGCGUAUCAAAAAUUUCCAACCCAAUAUAUUUCUGUUAAAGCUUAG